AAGCGCCUUCCCGAAACCGCGUCAAUGAAAAACCCUUUCAAGCCCUGGGUCGUACGGUCUCAGCAAUAUUCCUCCCAGCUGGAUAUCCAAACACAGUCACUCCUGAUUAUCUGCAGUCAGUAGCUCCUACCGCUACGUGAGCAUCAUGGUCUCAAACUUGACCGUACCUUCGCCCCAGCUAUCAAAUGUACAAUGACGUGCAGGAAUUUUGCAGUUCUUUAUCAGGUUUACUAGCUUCCCGAGGCGCGCUCGAAGGUUUUGGAGUCGGCAACGCAUCAGCAUCAGCAACCCAAGCGCUCCUUCUGACAGUACUAAAAGACGUAUGUUCCCGUUUCACAACCAUAAUAGGCGCCUAUUACUUCGGUACCUCCCUAUACCCCGAAACGAAAACAUUCCGCUUUCUCGCAGACGUCAUCAACGACACCUCCAUCGUCCUAGACACCAUAUCCCCAUAUUUCACCACCAUAUCCAUCUCCAAAACAUCUCCAUAUCUCCCAUCAGGCUCGACUCUCCAAAUCGUAGCGCUGUGUAUGAGCGGGGCCAUGAGAUCUCUCUGCGGACUCGUCGCAGGCGGUUCAAAAGCAGCGCUCACAGACCACUUUGCUUCACCCGUGAACAACAAAGGCGACGUCGGCGAACUGAACGCUAAAAGCGCGAGCAGAUCGACUGUAGUCGCAUUGACAGGCGUCUUGCUCGGAACGCUCCUCGUUCCUUAUAUCACAACCCGCACAUCAACCUACACCGCCCUUUUCGUCCUUGUCUUUGGCCAUCUUUUAGCUAAUUAUCUUGCAGUGCGUAGCGUCGUCCUUCGUUCGCUUAAUAGGCAACGAUCUAGCAUCCUCUGGAGUACAUUUCGUAACUCGAAAGCAGACGGCCGUCCAGUCGUCCUAAUCCCAAGAGACGUAUCCAACCGAGAGAUAAUUCUAGACUUUCCCAACAGCAUCCGCGAUGCAGUCACCAACAAAGUCAUCGGACACUGCUCAUUGGGCGUAUCUGUGCAGUAUGCGAUGACACGCUGUAGCACGUCGCAUGUUCUCAAGAUGCUCCAGCAUUUCCAGGAAGAACCGUAUGUGAUCUUCGUGGCGGAGCCUAGAACGUGGGGGCGACGCGGACCAAGUAUCUUGGUAUGUUUCAAGGAGGGAUACGGAUCGCUGGAUCAAUUGCGCGCUUGGCUGCAUGCGCUGGAGAUAGCUGCGAUAUGGAGCGCCCGGGCUAUGCGUGCCGGUGCCAGUGCUAGUGAAGUUGAGGAUAUGGUGCUCUCGACGCGUGAGACGCUCAGGAAGGAGUUUUCUCGUUUCUUGGGGUGCUUGAAGGAAACGGGAUGGAAUGUUGAAGAAGGCGCGAUGAUGAUGGGGUCUCCGGGUAGUGUGAUCAUGUCGUCUGAGACGAAGAAGAACGCAUGACUUCACAAAGCUAGGUAACUACACCAAUCCUACAUACGACAAGAAAGUUGCAUAUAAUAUGGCUGCGAGUUUCUUCAUUAUAUCCCAGUUGUCCCUCCACAAACAACCGAGACGUGAUCUUGAUUAUUUUGACUGAUCGCAAUGCGAAUGAACACCAUGUAGAAUGCAAUAGAGAUGAUUGGGACGACCUAA